AUGCAUUUCUCUUCCUUAAUUCCUGCUUUUCUUGCCUUCAGUGGUAUAGCCACCGCAUCAGCUAUUCCCUCACCCUUCAUUAAGUCUAGACAAAGCAGCCCAGCCGCCGGUGUCGUCUACUCCAAAUGCAGCAAGCCCGGCGUUUUCGCUCUGGCUUUCGACGAUGGACCUGGCCAAUACACCGAGGAGCUGAUCAAGACCUUGAACGCCGCAGGAGCAAAGGCCACUUUCUUCUUCACCGGCGCUUUGUACGGCUGCAUCUACAACCGCGCAGCCGCCGUCAAGGCAGCCUACUCCAGUGGCCACCAAGUCGCCUCGCACACCUGGACCCAUCCUCAAACGCUCGAUUCGAUGAGUGUGUCUCAACUCACCAACGAGAUGCAGAAGCUUGAGACUGCACUGGUCAACAUCAUCGGUGUCAAGCCCACAUACAUGCGACCUCCUUACCUCAAGACCGGCGGCAAUGUGCCCACUGCCAUGAGAAACCUUGGGUACAGGAUGAUCACCGACAGCGUAGACUCGCAAGACUGGAACGGUCUUUCCGUUUCGGCGAGCGAGCAGAAGUUCCGUAGUGCAGGCCCUAGCACUUCUGAUGGCAAGGGACAUAUUUCUCUGUUGCACGAGAUUUAUGCAAACACAGUCAGAGACCUGGUCCCAAGAUUGAUCAAGUGGGCCAAGGAGAAUAACCUAAAGAUGGUUACUGUCGCGGAAUGUCUCGGUGAUGUGAAUGGUGCCUACGCCGAGGGUACUGGUGGUGGUGGUGGUGCUCAGGGCUAUUGA